CCGUGUCGAGUUGCGCGCCUUGAUUUGGUCGACGCCGCCGAAGGCCGUCCGCGGCAGCAGCGGGCCUCGGGACUGAGACAAAAGUAAGCGAGAGCGAGAGCGAGAGCGAAAGCGGGCGCGAGGAAGAGCAAGAGGAGGACGAGAGGCACGCGAGUUUGGCGAUGCCAGCUCCGUUCGCUCUCAUUCGCUCGAAAGAGUGUUUGCGUUAGCGUCGUGGGCUCUGGACUGCUGCUGCUGCUGCUGCAGGCUGGGCUGGUGCGAGGGGGAUGGAGAGCGCAAUCUUCUUCUUCUUCAAUGCCAGCGCCUCCGGAGCAUGCUCGGGCUCGCGUGUCCAAUCCAUGCCAAUGAUUCCCCUGCUCGCUGCUGCUGACACCGUUCGUUUGUCCUCUUUUGUGUGCCCCCAAUUCCGACCGUCAUCUUUCAGCGCUCUGCUGUGAACGCCUCGAGCGUUUUGAGCUCAGGCGAGGGAGGGAGGUGGGGAUGCUGUUGCGGAUUUUCCCUGGGACUCUGGUGCCGGUUCUGUAAUUAUCGUCGGGCAUUUGCAGCGAGUGUCGUGCGCCCGAUUUCGGUGGUGUUGGAGGCGUUUCUCACCGGGAGACGCUGUUGACGGGCGUGCGCCGGGCUAUCCCUAGUUGCUUCCCGAGCAAUGCACGCGCGCCUGUGCUGAAAUUUGUGGGCGUCUAGGGAUAGCGGAGCUCGUGGUGGGGUUUAAAGGGUUUAGGUUGCAGGUUCUUGCUUCUGAUCGCGGGAGUUCUGGUCUUUACCACGGCUGGGGAUUUUCCUUUGGCCCAAUUCGCGGCCCUGUUUUGACGACGGGGAUGUCCGGCUGACGUGCAGCUCUUCUCGUUAUGGCCACCUUGCAUACAUCAAAAUUGAGUUAUUGUAUAUGACGCCAUGAAUCUCUGCUUGCUUGACCCAUUUCAAAGCGAUUUUCCAGAGGUAAUUGAGGAGUAUCUCGUACAUGGAAGCGCAAAGUGUAUAGCUUUUAAUCGACGCGGAACUCUUUUAGCAGCGGGCUGUGCAGAUGGGUCGUGCGUCAUUUGGGAUUUUGACACGCGUGGGGUAGCGAAAGAGUUGCGCGAUCCAAAUUGCUCUGCAUCUGUGACAAGUGUAAGCUGGUCCAAGUGCGGUCGUCGAUUGCUCGCGGCGUUGACGGAUAAGACUCUUGUUCUGUGGGAUGUUUACCUGGGCGAGAAAAACUUUUCGAUCACUUUGCACCAGACGGUUUUGAACUGUCGUCUAGAUCCAGGGAAAGCUCUUCCCACUUUGUGUUUGGCUUGUCCUCUGAGUGGCGCUCCCAUUCUUGUAGAUUUCAAAACCGGUGAGCUACAGACCCUGCCAGUAGUUGUCCCUAAUGUGCACGGAGAGGAAGGGCCUUCUAAUGGGCGUGGAAAACAUGGGGAUUCCAAUCCAGGAUACUCGCAGUCUACAGCGAGUUUCAACAAGAAGGGAGAUCUUAUUUACGUGGGCAAUUCCAAGGGCGAAAUUCUUAUUAUUGAUACCGAAACGCGCAGGGUCAAAACAGUGGUUUCAGUCCCUGGUGGCGCAGCUAUUCGUCACAUUGUUUUCAGUCGGAGUGGACAGUUCCUGUUGACUAACUCGAAUGACAGAAUCAUCAGAGUGUUUGAAAAUCUUCUACCAAGAGACAAGGCUGCCGCAACUCUGGCUGACGCUGUCAAUUCUUCUGCGAAUGGAGUAAGCGAGGGCAAGAAGGUUCCAGGAAUCAAUUGUCUCAAGCUGACCAAAGAUUUUCAAGAUGCUGUAAAUAGAAUGCAUUGGAAGGCAGCUUGCUUCAAUGGCGAUGGUGAGUGCGUUGUGGGAGCUUCUGCCAACAAAGGAGAACAUAAAAUCCACAUUUGGAAUCGCAAUUUUGGGCAACUUGCUCGUAUACUGGAAGGUCCGAAGGAAGGCCUGUGUGAUCUCGCAUGGCAUCCAACGCGACCAGUAGUUGCGUCUGUGUCCAUGUCAGGUGCCGUGUACUUAUGGGCAAAGGAUUACACCGAAAACUGGAGUGCAUUUGCUCCUGACUUCAAAGAGCUGGAAGAGAAUGAGGAGUACGUAGAAAGGGAAGACGAGUUUGACAUCAUUCCUGAAGCCGACAAGGUCAAGCCGGCACGGGUUGAUGAUGAUGUGGAGGUAGAUGUUGAAACGGUAGAAAAAGUUGCGGCUUUCAGCGAUUCUGACGACUCACAAGAUGGACUCUACUUUUUGCCCACGAUUCCGCUGCCCGACGAACAUCCUGAACAACCUGAAAGUCCGUCACACGAACAACCGGCCACUCCUCCAAAACCGUCGAGCAGUAGUGCCACCGAGACGGAUGCAGGGUCCCCCACAUCUGAUCGAGGACUCAAUUCACGGCAGAUGGAGCUGAAUCCCACUCAGUCGGUGGAUUCCCCAGCAGAGGACGAGGUUGGACCCAAUGGCCGGAUAAAGCGAAAGCGGAAACUUUCAGAAAAGGCAGCUGAAUUACAGGCAGAAAAGGGUCGCAAGACAGCUCAACUGAAAGUUCGAGAAUCAACUCCGAAGUCCAAGAGUGAUGGAAAGUCUAGCUUCUCGAGGAGCUUCCCAGUGGAACCGGAGUCAGUUGAGAAAGAAGAGCCGUUUAUUGAGAAAGUGGUCAACCCUCAGCCUGUUCCCAAAGAGGACUCCCCUCCGAAGGUCAAGGUGCCGAAGGUCAAGCCAGCAAAGCCGAAGCCUUCAAUCAAGCGGGAUCAGGACAUUAGAAAGGAGCAGGAGGCCAAGAUUGAACAAGAAUCCAGACAUGAAAAGGAGGUUAGAAGGGACCUGGAUGCUAGAAGAGAUCAGGAGGAAUCCGCAGGAUAUGCAGACGAUGAGCAGGUGGGGCCGCCGCGCGUGAAGAAGAAUCCGAAGCCGCGAAGGUCGAAGCCGGUCGCGUCACUGACGAAACCCUUCAUCGGAAGAGAUUCAAACACAGACACCCAUGAUCAGUUCAUUGGCUGAUCCAGCGUAUAGGUGUCGAUGUUCUCUCGCUGCCCGUUGUGCAUAGAUAGGAACGAUUUUGAGACAAUAGUAGAAGCAGUAGAAGAAAUCCGAUAGAGGUUGCUCUCGGGAGCAACUUAUUCCUCGCCUUUUCCAAUGAUCGAUGUGCACCUGUAUUUCCAGUGUUUCCAAAAUUGUACGUAACGGUCCAUUGGCUACAUUUUUUUCUGGAUCCAGAGGGUGGCGGGUUGAAGUUUAUUAAUCGUCGGGCAGGGAAGCUUCUUAACGAUGUGAUUUCUUCAUGAAAGCUUUGUUUCCAGGAUCUCUCAGCAGAUGAUCGCGCUUUCCGAUGAACUGAAUCUCGUUUUCGCCUUUGAAGCUGCUCAGUGACCCGCCUAAUGUGUCCUCUAUGAAACUUGGGAUUGCACAUCUCGGAAUUAAGCAAUGAUACUAUAUUUCCAAGUCGAAGCAGGAGUGGGCAAUGAUGUGACAAUAGAUAUAUCGCCAUAGGUAAAUGUUGGUAUUCGGAAAAUUUAACGGAGGCAGGUGAAUGGG